UUCCAGAAAACCAUGGAAAAUGGGCACGACAUCGAACCAGAGUUCACAGUCAAGAAGCUCGCCAGCCUAUUGGAGCGGGCGCCUCGGCUCGGGAGGGAGACAAAAGGGCUCGGGAGAGAGACAAAAGAUCGCGUCACGUACGAGAGCGAGAGGCUGACCAGUCAGAGCGAGGCAUCGUCGCGGAGGAACAGUGACGAUGGGGGGAGGGCGCGGAAGGAGGGGUUUAGGGGAGAUGGCACCGCCUCUGAACCGCCUACAGCCAACGUGACCAGCCUCAACGCAUGGAACGACCUGGCCAGUUCCACUUCCACCACUAGGACGGAACUCAGUUCCGAUGGUACGGCGGAAGACCAGACCAACCUCGCGCACCCAGGGUCAGCUCUUCCAGGCACGCCCAUGCACAUCAAAGAGCCAUGGAAGACAGCAGAUAACCUGGCUCCUGACUCUGCCUUCGGGACUUCGCUGGCGGAUAUAAUGGAAAGCCCUGCUAAUAAGAUCCCCUUACGCGAAGACAUAAAAUCUGUAUCAUCCGAGAGCCCAGAGGACCGCCGGCCGCGGUUGGGCUGGCGUCUCGUUCGCAAUAUGACCACGGCGGCCAGCGCCUUCAGUCCCAAAGGAACGCCUACUGCACUGCCCGGGACGCCCUUACCUGUACAGUCCAAACCAGAAAGCAAGAACACAGACUACUCAAAAGACAACAGGAAGUCAUCACUGCCGUUAUAUGCCAAUGAGAAAGAUGAGAUUAUUGGAGAGACCAGUCCUGAGGGCUUGGACCCCGAGUCCCUCAUGUUCCGAGACGGUCGUCGCCGGAUCGAUAUGGUGCUGGCUUAUGAGGAGGAGGACUUUGGAGUCAUGACGGAGGCUGAGGCCAGGAAGAGAGAUGGUCGGAGGGUUUUUCAGGAAAACCUCGUAAAAGAAGGGCUGGAGCUAGAACUAGAAAACAAAUGCCUGUCGUUCGACGGCAAAACCUGGUUCAUCAAGAUCCACAUACCCUGGAAGACUGAGAUGAGACUAGCAGAAGUAAUUGGCAUGAAGCUGCCCACCAAACGGUUUAUCACCAUUUCUGUGAGAGCGUGGAGCGACGAAAAACAAGCCGAACGCGACAAGAAAUGGCAUUCAAAAUGGCGACGGCGUUGGAAACAGAUUUAUGAAUAUGAACAUUCCAGAAUCGAGUGUGAACCUUCGUUCUACGCUGCUACAGAGCAGAAGGGGGUCAAACGGGAGGAGCAAUUCCUGGUGAAAGACAGGCAUACGCAAUUUUCCCCUGCACAACGCAGUUUGCUGGUUAUGCAGAUUCUUCUCAGAGCCAAAUAUGACAACAAUGACACAAAGAUGGGAAUCCGUCGACUGCUCAAUGAUGGAACGUACAUGGCAUGCUUUCCCCUGCACGAGGGGCGUUACGACAUCGACAUGGCUGACGGGAGCCACACGGACCGACGGCUCUUAUACCUGGAAUGGGCGCGCCCUUGCAAAUGGUAUAAGAAGCAGCCGCUGUGGCUAAUACGACGGUACUUCGGGGACAAGAUCGGCCUGUAUUUCUGCUGGCUCGGGUUUUACACGAAGAUGCUAUACGCCCCGGCAGCUGUUGGGACACUAUGCUUCUUGUACGGACUAGCCAGCAUGGGGUCAGAAGAUAACAUUCCCAGUAAAGAGAUCUGCGACAUAUCCGGCCCCGGCAACACAACCCUUUGCCCGCUGUGUGACAAGGCAUGUCAGUACCAGAGGCUAUCUGACUCUUGUCUGUUCGCGAAACUGUCAUAUCUGUUCGACAAUCCAGCUACGGUGUUCUUUGCGAUAUUCAUGUCCUUUUGGGCCACAACAUUCCUGGAGCUAUGGAAGAGAAAACAGUCAGUUCUGCGUUGGGAAUGGGACUUAGGUGGUGUUGACCAGGAUGAAGACCCCAGACCAGAAUUCGAAGCGUCAGUAAAGACAUUCCGUACUAAUCCAGUGACAAGGGAGAAGGAGCCCUAUCUACCAGGCUGGCAGAAGACCAUGAGAUACGUGGCUACCAGUUCAGCUGUGCUUUUCAUGAUAACAAUAGUCCUAGGCGCCGUCCUGGGCACGAUAAUCUACCGAAUCUCGAUGGUGUCUGUCAUAUACGGAGGCUCCGGGUUCUUCCUCAAGAAACACGCCAAGAUCUUCACCUCGAUGACCGCUGCCAUCAUUAACUUGAUCAUCAUCAUGAUACUCACUAGGAUAUACGCUAAAGUGGCAGUUUUACUGACCAACAUGGAGAACCCACGAACUCAGACGGAAUACGAAGUUUCUUACACGUUCAAGAUAUUCUUCUUUGAAUUCAUGAACUUCUACUCUUCGCUCAUCUACAUUGCAUUCUUUAAGGGCCGAUUCUACGACUACCCUGGCGACGAUCAAGCCCGCAAAUCCGAGUUCUUCAAGCUUAAGGGUGACAUCUGCGACCCUGCGGGGUGCCUCUCCGAGUUGUGUAUACAACUCGCCAUCAUCAUGAUCGGCAAGCAAUGCGUCAACAACUUCGUCGAACUCGGGAACCCAAAAAUCCACAACUGGUGGCGCCAACGGACUCAUCGAGCCAUCACCCGAGACCCAACCAAGCCUCACAUGGCAUGGGAACAGGACUACCAUCUUCAGGACCCUGGGAGGCUGGCACUCUUCGAUGAAUACCUAGAGAUGAUUCUUCAAUACGGCUUCGUAACGUUAUUCGUGGCGGCUUUCCCACUGGCGCCACUGUUCGCGUUGCUCAAUAACAUCGCUGAGAUCAGGCUGGACGCCUACAAGAUGGUCACGCAGGCGCGCCGGCCUCUUGCAGAGAGGGUAGAAGAUAUUGGUGCUUGGUAUGGCAUUUUACGAGGGAUAACUUACGCAGCAGUUGUUUCUAAUGCGUUUGUGAUAGCUUACACGAGUGACUUUAUCCCCCGCAUGGUGUACAAAUACGUGUAUUCACCGGACAAUACUCUAGCUGGGUACAUCGACCACUCCUUGUCGCUGUUCAACACAUCAGACUACCGGGAAGAGUGGGGGGCAGAUGAGAACGAGGUAGACCCGCCUACCUGCGCGUACCGAGGCUAUCGGAACCCUCCAGACCAUUUCGACCCUUAUGGACUAUCGCCACAUUAUUGGCACGUGUUCGCCGCUCGGCUGGCGUUCGUUGUAGUGUUUGAGCACGUAGUCUUCGGCCUCACCGGCCUCAUGCAGCUGUUUAUACCCGACGUACCCACAGAGCUCCGGACCCAGAUGCAGCGUGAAGCCCUGCUAGCCAAGGAGGCGAAGUAUGAACACGGGAGGCGGCGGCUCUCUACUGAGUACAGGCAGUUGAUUACGCAGAAGAGCGACGGCGGGGUUGCUACAGAACGCGCACCGUGGAUGCGGCGUGCUUCACGUGCUUCAGACAGCCUGGACGCACACGUGGCCAUCGCGCAGCGCCCCUCCUCACCACACUGACGUCACACCAGUAGACUGUUCGACCUUCAACUGUUUAGGUCAGAAAAGACAAAUUAAAUCAUAAACA